GCAAGAUUUAAAAAAUGCAGUCGAGUUUGUUUUGUGUACUUCUAAACAUCUUAGUGAUUACAGCCCAGAAUAGUUUGUUCAACGUUUGCCAUGGUGACCUGGGAUGCUUCUCUAUUCUCGCACCUUUUGGCUUCACCCUAGAGAGACCCCUGGCUCUCCUGCCACAGUCACCUGAUACGAUCAACACCCUGUUCAAGCUGUACACCCGAGCCCAACCGGCAACUCCACUAGACCUGCCAGCCACACAAGUCAAGACAAGUCUCACCACCAUCUGGCCAGGUUUUGUCUCACGACCGACCAAAAUUAUUGUACACGGAUUUUUGGACUCAGUCGACCUAACAAGCUGGGGAAAGCAAAUGAAGGACGAGCUGUUGAAACAGGGAGACUACAACGUCAUCCUUGUGGACUGGUCAGGUGGCAACAAACUGCCCUACACCCAGGCCACAGCCAAUACAAGAGUCGUAGGGGCUCAGAUAGCUCAACUCAUCAACCAGAUCAGUGCUACUGUCAACACACCAGCCAAAGACUUCCACGUCAUCGGUCACAGUCUGGGCUCUCACAUCUCUGGGUACGCUGGGGAGAGGGUGCCAGGCUUGGGGAGGAUUACAGUUUGUUGA